CAUGGCAACAGAUCUAUGGUUCAGAGGGAAACCGAAAAGCAACAGCUGAUGGCAAAUCCGCUCCGGCGCUUGCACGCCCCCUCGGCCGCAGUCUCCUGUUGCUUCUCGACGCUUGACUGCCCUUUGGAAAAAUCUCUCCGCCCCUCGAGAGGAGAGAGGAGCAGAGGACGCGCGCGAGCACGGAGCGGGAGGACGGACAGGGAGAGGAGGAGAGGGGGUCUGCGCGCGGCCGCUACCCGGAAGCCAGCGGACGGCAGCACGGAGUGGGCUGUCCCCGAGCCCAGCCCCGAGCGAGCCCCCGCCCCCGCCCCCGCAGGACGCGCCUCCCAGCCCGCCCGACUCCUAGGAGGAGGGGAGGCGGGAAAGCAGCUCAAGCCUCACCCACCGCCCUGCCCCCAGCCCCGCCACUCCCAGGCUCCUCGGGACUCGGCGGGUCCUCCAGGAAGUCUCGGAGGGGACCGGCUGUGCAGCUGCGCCGCGGUCCCCGCCUGGGCAGCGGGAAACCGGGCUGGGGAUGUAAACAAGGAGAUCGGCGUCGGAAGAGAGAGGAACCUCUAG